AUGGCGCCUACAACAGAUACCUCUCGGGCGGGCAUUCGAAAGCUCAGCACGGGUGAAUCGGUUAUUCCUUCUUCGACCCGCCCAGAUGGCUCGGUACGCAAGGAGAUACGAGUGAAGCCAGGUUACAAGCCGCCAGAGGAUGUGGAGGUUUACAAGAAUCGCACAGCCCAUGCCUUCAAGAACAGAGGCAAAGGCGGCGUGGUGGGUGCAGAAGCUGUGGAGGAAGAAAAGGCACCUCUCUCCGCUGCCGCUGGGAAGAAUGCCAAACGGAGGGAGGCUAGGAAGAAGGCUGCAGCCGCUGGAGAAGGGAAAGACGAUGGUGGCGAGGAUGAGGGUGCCGCCGACAAUGCCAAAGUUUCAAACGGAGAACCUCAGGCCGAUACUGCGCCCAAGCCGCAAGAGCCUGCCGACGUGGACCCCGAAGUAGAGAGGGCGAAGGAAGCACGCAAACUCGCCAAAAAACUGCGUCAAGCACGUGAACUCAAGGACAAGCUCGCUUCUGUUAUUAAGAUCCAAGAGUUGAUUCGCCAGCUUGACAACCUUGGGUUCGAUGCCGAAGGUCAAAAAAAGGACGAGCAGGGCGCAUUGCCUAAGCGUGCGAAGGAAAAGGCCGGCGAGACAGCAGCAGGCUGA